AUGACCGGCUUACUUCCCAUCCCUCUCGAUAAAGGACCUGAGGUUUCACGGGCUCUUCGAAGCUCUACAAAUGGACUUCCGGCGUCUCUACCUGUCCAUAAUUCUACGAAGUCAUUCUGGACACACUCGUCUCCAGGCUGCAAUCCCCUGGCGAAUGAGGGCAGCGAGGGCGCUCUUACCAGUACUACCGACGUCUGCAUCAUCGGAAGCGGCAUUACUGGAGUGUCCAUCGUGUAUCACAUGAGUAGGCUGCUGCAUGAAAGCGGCAAACGCCCUCGUAUCACUAUCGUUGAGGCUCGAGAGUUUUGCUCCGGAGCCACAGGUCGUAAUGGCGGCCACCUCACAGCUCACAACUUCCUUGACUUCGCAUCUGACUGGAAGAGCCAUGGGCUUGAGGAUGCAAAGCGGGCUUUCGAGAUAGAACAGUACACCGCAAGAGAGAUCUUCCGACUCGUACAAGAGCAUUCACUUGAGCAGGCAGUUGACUACGUAGCCGGAGGCAGAACCGUGCCUGCUUUCUCUGAACAUGAACUAGAAGCUAUGAAGACUAACUACGAAGCGGCGAAAGCUGCUGGCCUCGAUGUCUCUGCGAUAGAGUGGCUUUCUAAAGAGAAAGUUGAGAAGAAGUACGGCACCUCAUAUUCGGCCGUGCGCCAGCCUGGAUGCAACUUAUGGCCGCUCAAACUUGUAACAGCACUUUACCGCAUAGCGCAGAGCACCGAGAAGCUGGAUGUUGGCCUGCACACCCAGACGCCAGUCACACGCAUUGACGGAGGUCCUGGCGACUGGAUAGUGCAAACCCCGCGCGGAGCCAUCUCAUCGCCAAUCGUUAUCCACGCAACAAACGGUUAUGCCUCUCGUCUUAUCCCUCAUCUUGCUGGAUCGCAUGGCAUUGUACCUGUGCGCGGACAAGUACUAGCACUACGCGCUGGCACAGGACUGGACGUACUCACGCGCUCAUCUUGGCUCGCGAAUGAUGGCUUCGAGUACUGGUUUCCUCGCCCUGUUGAGAAUGAAGAAGAGCGGCCCGUCGUUAUCUUGGGCGGUGGUCGCGAGUCGGCGGGGCCAACGUUCGAAACGUUCGAGUGCGACGACUCUGUGAUCAGCCCUAUCAUAAGCUCUACGCUGAGAAAGUUUCUGCCUGCCGUCUUCCCUGAUAGGCACAAGGAAGGGGAUGACUCGAACGUACUCAUGGAAUGGACCGGCAUUAUGGGCCAUACUAGCAGCGGUGAUCCUUUGGUCGGACCGGUGAUGGACAGCGAUGGAGGAGACAAGACAUAUGCGGGUCAAUACAUAUGUGCCGGCUACACAGGACAUGGCAUGCCAAGGGCAUACGCAUGUGCGGAAGCCAUCACGCGUAUGGUGAUUGCAAAAAUGAACGGGUCAGACGAGUGGGAGGUCCCGUCGUGGCUUCCACGCCACUACCUCACCUCAGCGCGGCCAGGGGAUGGCCUGAUAGCUUCGUGA